AUGCUCUUCCGAUCGCCGCCGAUUCUGAAGCUUCUAUUCUCGAACUCCGCUGUCCUCCACCGCUCUUCUUCUACUACCAUUACCUACUUCUUCUCUUCUUCGGCACCAUCCUCUUCAGCGUUCUCCGAUUUUCUGAAACGAUGCAAGUCUUCUAUCAAGGCCAAGCUCGUAGUCGCCGGCGGCCUCUCGGCCGACCCGGAAACGGCGUGCUUGCAUCUUGUGUUCUGGUGGAACAAUCUGAUCAAGCGCGGCGUCCUCUUCCGUUCCUACGAGCACGCAUUUUUGCUUUUCCGCGAGAUGCUGAGGCUCCAGUGGACCCCCGACGGGUACACUUUUCCUUACGUGCUCAAGGCUUGCGGCGAGCUGUCUUCCUUCCGAAGAGGAGAGUCUGUCCACGCUUUCUGCGUGGUGACUGGGCAUGACGCCAAUGUCUUCGUACGCAACGGCGUUAUCGCCAUGUACGGCCGGUGUGGCGCUCUGGACCACGCGCACAAGGUGUUCGACGAAACGGUUGUGAGAGGAAUUGACGAUGUUAUUUCGUGGAACUCUAUUGUGGCAGCCUAUGCGCAUAGUCAAGAUUUUAGGAGAGCGUUGGGGGUUUUUGGUUCGAUGAUUGCAAAAUGCGAUAUUGAGCUACGCCCUGAUGUGAUUAGCUUAGUGAAUGUACUUCCUGCCUGUGCUCCUGCAAAGGCAUGGCGGCUAGGCAAACAAAUUCACGGGUAUGCUAUUCGGAGAGGUUUAUACGAAGACGUUUUUGUGGGAAAUGCAAUUGUAGACAUGUAUGCUAAGUGUGAGCAGAUGAAUGAAGCCAACAAAGUGUUUGAACGUAUGGAGGUGAAAGAUGUGGUUUCAUGGAAUGCAAUGGUCACUGGGUACUCCCAGAUAGGGAGAUUUACUGAAGCUCUAGGGUUAUUCGAAAGAAUGAGACAUCAAGAGAUUGAGUUGAAUGUUAUCACAUGGAGUGCAGUAAUUGCAGGGUAUGCACAGAGGGGGUUUGGCUAUGAAGCACUUAAUGUCUUCAAGGAAAUGAGGCUUUCUGGGACGAGGCCUAACAUUGUUACCCUUGCUUCUGUUCUUUCUGGCUGUGCUGCUGUUGGAGCCUUGCGUCAGGGGAAAGAGACUCAUUGCUAUGCCAUCAAACAGAUGUUGAGUUUAGAAGGGAAUGAUCCCGAAGAGGAUCUAAUGGUGAUUAAUGGUCUUAUUGAUAUGUAUGCCAAGUGCAAGAAUGUAGAAAUAGCACGUGCCAUGUUCGAUGCUAUUGAUUGCAAAGAUCGUAAUGUAGUGACAUGGACUGUCAUUAUUGGUGCAUAUGCCCAGCAUGGAGAUGCCAAUGAGGCAUUGGAGCUUUUGUCAGUGAUGAUGAAGGAUGAUAGUUAUUCAAUAAUACCAAAUGGAUUUACAAUUUCCUGUGCCCUGAUGGCAUGUGCCCGUUUGGCUUCUCUCAGGGUUGGUCAGCAGAUUCAUGCAUAUGUGUUGCGCAACCACUAUGAAAAUUGCAUGUUAUUUGUGUCUAAUUGUCUCAUAGACAUGUAUGCGAAAUCUGGGGACAUUGAUAAAGCUAGAAAAGUGUUUGAUGUCAUGACUCAGAGGAAUACAGUUUCGUGGACAUCCUUAAUGACUGGAUAUGGAAUGCAUGGUCGAGGCGAUGAUGCUCUCCAAGUUUUUGAGAAGAUGCGGCAUGGAGAACUGGUGAUUGAUGGUGUGACUUUCUUGGUUGUGCUAUAUGCCUGUAGCCAUUCAGGCAUGGUUGAAAAAGGAAUGAAUUACUUCAAUAACAUGACCCGAGAUCAUGGAGUCAUUCCUGAGAUUGAGCAUUACGCUUGCAUGGUAGACCUUUUAGGUCGCGCUGGUCGCUUGGAUAAAGCCAUGAAGCUAAUACAGGACAUGCCUAUGGAACCUACCUCAAUAAUUUGGUUCUCUUUGCUGAGUGCUUGCAGGGUUCAUAAGAAUGUGGAGAUCGGGGAAUAUGCAGCAGCUAAAUUGUCAGAAUUAGAGGCAGAGAACGAUGGCUCUUAUACACUGCUUUCAAACAUAUAUGCUAAUGCCAGACGUUGGAAAGAUGUAGCUAGGAUAAGGUCUCUGAUGAAACACUCUGGGAUCAAGAAGAGACCUGGAUGUAGUUGGGUUCAAGGAAAGAAGGGGACUGCAGUAUUCUUCGUGGGAGAUAGAAGGCACCCAAUGUCUGAUAAAAUAUACAAUCUCCUCGCUGACCUGAUUCAUCGCAUUAAAGGAAUGGGGUAUGUUCCAGAGACGAGCUUUGCUCUACAUGAUGUGGAUGAUGAAGAGAAAGGCGAUCUUCUCUUUGAACAUAGCGAAAAGUUGGCCCUCGCUUAUGGAAUUCUCACAUCAGCUCCUGGGAUGCCAAUCAGGAUAACAAAGAACCUACGCGUUUGUGGAGAUUGUCACUUGGCCAUGACAUACAUUUCUAAGAUCAUUGAUCACGAAAUUAUUUUAAGAGACUCAAGCCGCUUCCAUCAUUUCAAGAAUGGAUCUUGCUCUUGUCGGGGAUACUGGUAACAAGGUAAUUCUUCUUUACUCUCUGAUUAUUGGAUGGCUUGCAGCAAAAAUCCAAGAAGAUGAUGAAGUUUUUAAGAAUACUGAUCACACUCGGUUAGUCAAUGGAUAGUUCAUAGUUCUUUUCAUCCUGCUUUCCUUGCCCUAUGUUUUUUCAUUUCAUUUCUUGAUGCUUCCUCAAAUGGUGUUUUGUUUGGAUGAGAUGUUCCCAGAAAUAUAUAUACUGCAUAGAAGCCAUAAAGUUUCCCCCAGAAUAUCAAACCUGCAAGGCUGCUAUGCACUGUUGUAG